GAGGAAGAGAGUUCCAGACGGCCGCAGAAGCGCAUCUAAAAGUUCGCUGCUCCUUGAGAUCAGCACGGUAUUGUGCUUCCUUUGUGAUUUUGUGGCAAUGGCAUGAAACGAACUUGCUUGCAGUGGCAGGAUGGGUGGGAAAGUGUUUUAUUUUUUACCUACGUGACUUUACCGAAUAAAACCAAAGAGUAUGGAUCAUUGCAGUCACGAAAGCUUCAAAUCUAGAAAUGGGAAAGUGUUGCCCCCUAGUGUAUGCAGCGGACACCAUUUGAAGGGAUCCAAGAGGUAGCGCUGGUAAAUGCUUCCGUGGGCUGCUCUCCAAACAUGGAAGAGUUUCACUGGCUUGUGUUGGCAUGGUACAUGUUGCUAUGUUUGAUUCACUAUAUAUGCACGAUAUAUUAAACAAGUGCAUUAAACGUGUUGUCGACUUUUGAAUAUAUGCAAAUAAUUAAACAUAAAAAUAGGUAAUAUAUUGUGCCAAUUCCGAUGCACAAUGUUGAUAACUGGAAGACUAUUAGCUAUCAUAAGCACCAGCGCUCAACGAUGACCACACCUGACAUGGAGGGCAUUAUAAGGAAGUCAAAACAGCGGGCAGCACUUUCCUACGACGAGCUGUGCUGACUUCUCGUCUGUGGUCAAACGUUACAUUUCCUGAGCAGGAAUGUCAAGCCCUCUCCCCGGCCUGUUUCCCAUUAGGAAGCUCUCAGCCCUACAUUCAUGAACCAGUCAGACGAAAUGUUGCCCAACCGUGAAACGCUAUACCAUUUGGACUGUUUGGAUUGUAAUAUGAUUCACUUUGGAAAAUUCUGUUACUGUUUGCCCAAUAGCAAUGGAGCCAGGGUUACUUUUGAUAAUGUGGGAUUAUUACACGCAGCAGGGGCUAUAUUGAAGGGCCCAGACUGCAGGUUUCCGUGACGGCGCUAGGGAUGAACGCUGGUCGCCUGUGCCGAUGAGCAGCUACGAAGCACGCAUGAAGUGCAAGGAGUGAGGUCCGGACAGCCGUUCCGCUCGCCCAGUCCCAUGGCGCAUGGAUCCUGACAUUCUCAAUUGGCGAGGGGACGAACACAGCCAAAGCCUCAAAAUGUUAUUCCUGUCGCCUCCCUUCUACAUCGCGAGGCAUAUGGUGUCUCAGUUCCAAGCCCGGCUGUGCGAGGCGAAGAAAGCCAGUAGCCCGCCGGCCUGCCCCGAGCACCAAGAGGUCAACUUCGAACGAGCCCUCGUGCGGGAUUUCAUCACCCAGCUCAGGGAGGUGGCCGGGCUGGCACAUGAGGACAUCCUGUGCGGGGUGCGAGUUCCAGACGAGCGGCACAGCUCCCGGCGUGAUGUCAGCGUGAUCGUCUUCACGGGAUCUGGACUCUACUGCAUUGACCUGAAGACGUGGUCGGGUCUGGUGACCCCGCGCCAGGGUCACUGGGAGAUCCAUGAUCCAAGGGGUGGCAGUUGGCUGGGCGGCGGCUACACGCCAUGUGUCGAUCCUGUGAAACUCAUCAAGCUGAAGAGCGAGCAACUGCGCAAGCACCUAAGCGGUCUCGGGGUGGAGCUCCACAAGGAAGCCGUGCACGCCCGCCUGCUGCUGCUCAACCCGGCAUGCGAACUGCAGGUCCCCAGCACGGAGCUGAUCCCCAGCACGGAGCGCGAGCCGGUGGUGGUCCAGGCCGUGCAGGUGGCCGCUUUCGUCCGCUCGCUGCAACGUGGGUGGAUGGCGCGGGUUACCGACUCGCUCACGCCGCACUGGCUCAACGGACGGCUGUCGGCGGAUGCUGUGCGGCGAGCGCGGGCCGGGCUGCGCGCCCUGGGCACCUGGGACGUGCUGGAGCUGCAGGGUGGACGCCGCCUUCUGGGCGACUUCCACAGCUGCUCCCACCUCGGCAUGGAUCGCGCUCACAUCGAGACGCUGGAGUUCAAGCACCAGCACAGCGCCGUCCUGGGCUAUCUGUGGGCGCUGCUCGGGUACAUGCCCACGGUGUCCGUGCAGAUGUAUGAACGAGGCACAGACGGCUGGGCGUGGCGCCCCUCGGCUGGCAUCACUGUGCUGCCUGCCAGCGCUGUUCUGAUCUUCCGCGGCUGCGGGGAAGCUGAAGACUCACGUGUGCCCAUCACCCAUGUGAGCCGCGUGCUACUCAGCCAAUAGCAGGGCUUGACCCGUCCUCUCGUCUGCCACCCCCCCAUCAGUGUUCUUCACUAAUUCUCAAAGGGGCCACUUUUACCGAUAAGACAUCCGUGAGGGCCGCCACACAUUUGAAACCAUUGAGUUUGACAGCAUGUGGUGUUUUCAUAUUCGUGGGGGCUGCACUAAAGGCCACCAGGGGCCACCAAUGGCCUGUGGGCCUUGCAAUGAAGAACACUGCUCUAUAAGGAGGACCGCUACAAUUCACAUCUUAAUCUCACACUAUCGUGAAUUAAGAGGAAGCUGUUAUGAUUCGUGCAAUUGUCACCGUAUGCACGUGCAUUCUUUCAUUAACUAUAUUUUUCAUGGCCUCGGAAAAGAAAAAAAAUGGGAUAGCUCACUGCUCUACUGAAGUGCCAUCGUUAUUAUGGUCCGUUUGCUACGGUACUCCACCAUAAAAAUCUUAUUGACCAAUACAGAACAUUUCAUUCAUGGGUUGAAGAAUGUGCAAAGAAAAAAACACAUCUUCACGUGACGUAUCUUGAGAAAUUGCAGCAGUAGUUCAAAAGGUCCAUACAUUUCAGUUUAGUCCUCAUAUCUGCUUAUAUUCACAAGCUUAUCGCAGCUCAUUGAAUCAAAUCGGUAAAAUUCAGAAAAUCUGAAUGUCACACCAACACCCAGUGCCAUGUACAUAGCUUCACUGUUCCAUACACAAUGGCAGAUAAUUUAGUUUUUUUUAAAUAUCAGCUAUAUUCACUUAAAAUGUUAAUGCUCUCUAAAUUAUAAGACCAGUCUAUAGGUGAAGCACCCUCUCCAUUCGAGUUUGCUCCAUCAUAUUUCACGAAUGUGGAUUUAGAAUAAACACACGUAAGAAUUA